AGCACUGAUGUCAACACAGGGAUGAAAGGAGGACCAGGUGAGAGCUUUACCCGUGCAGUGCUCCCCGAUCUCGGCGGCUUCGUGACCCCAGCUCCUCGGGAACCCGUUCCCCUCACCCCAGAACUUGCUCCAAGUUUAGUCCGGAGCGUGUAGCGUCAACAUCAAGCAAAACCCCCACCGAGACGCUGGAGGGAUCUCUGCGGUGAUGGCCAAGAGCCGUUCUCCAGACACUAAACCCAGAAUCUGGACCAAGUUCGCGGAGUACGUAGGUUCCUUCACUGUGGAGGAUCAAGAUCUUGAAGGAAUAACAUGGCGCAUUCAUCAACAACUUCAUUUUCUGAAGAAGUUUCCUCGAAAAAUGGCAGUAAUACUGAAAUUCUCAUCACAAGGAAUAAAGAUGUACAAUGAAAAUAAAGAGAUACUAUUGAUGGCUCAUGCCCUGAAAAGAAUCUUGUACACCACGUGCCGACAUUCAGAAUGCCAGUUUGCCUUUGUCACCCGCAACCCCUACAGGCCACCGAGUGAGCUCUUCUGCCAUCUGUUCGUUACUGCACAGCCAAAUGAGGCAAUGAUUCUCAAUUUGCAGCUGUGCCGGAUGUUCCAGGUUGCUUACUGCAUGAAAUAUGAAAAAGAGCAAGAGAGCAGUGCACCUGUCAUUAAUUGCACUAAUCAAGAAACUGUCUUGGAACCAAGCUCCCCAGUACUUUCCACAAAACACGUGAAAGAGCGGUAUGGUGAUUUGGAGGUUUCCCUGAAUGUCAGUGCCUUGGUGACCUUUAGGAGAAUUCCACAACAAGAGGAAAUCAGAUCAAAAGAAGUUGUAAAGCAAAAUGAACAGGAUUCAGAGGAAACCUUUAAAAGUGAAGAAUGUGGAUAUCCAACAAGUAGUCCAAAUGCAUGUGAUCCUUCAAGUGGACCUAAGGCCCAAACAAAAGAAUUGGAUCCACUGGAAGAAUGUCCAUUCUCUUCAUUAACACUGGUACGAAAGAAAGCUAUACGAAACAAAGGAAUCAGGUCAGGAGCUUACAGGAGCUCUACCUUCAAGAGACAAUUUCAACAAGCACUUGCAGAUAGCUACAGUUGCAGGUGGGGAGAUGAACUCCUGGAAUCUUGGAAAGCACUUGCUCCACUACAGCAUGAAGAAGUUCUAAUGGACACUGUCUGGGCCAGUGCUGGGAUACCCAGGGAUUGUGCUAUAGAACUUUUAAAACGCGAUGUUCUGGGAGCUUUCUUACUUUGGGUGAAUCCUGGCCCUCUGAAGUGCUGGACACUAAUGAUGCGGACCCCGUUUGGUGUAAUAAACUACAUGAUUUGGAAAAAUGAUGAAGGCAAAUAUUAUUUUGAGCAUCUGAACACAGAAUUCCCCAGCUUAAGAGCCCUGAUAGAACAUUACACAACAGUUGAUGAUGGUCUAUUUUGUUGCUUAAGUGCUUCAAGGAUAAACCAUUGUUAUGAAGAGCAGGAUUCUAUGGAAUAUGAUGGCUUGUCCCCAGCCCAAACCAAACCUGAAGGGAGGUUGCUUCAGACCACAGAGUAAAUCAUCCCCUGAGUUGAGGACAUGAUGAGUAAACUUUAGAUUACUGGAGACGCAAGAGGUAGCAGAUGCUGAAUCUGAGGCAACAACCACCUGCUGGAGGAAUUCAGCAGCUCAAGCAAUAUCUGCAGUGGGUUACCUUGUUUUGUAUCUGCCCGUAAGGAGACAAAUGUCAAGGUUGUAUAAUGCGCACAUACUUUGAUAAAUGUACGUUGAACGUUGGAAAGGAGCUGUUGAUGUUUCAAAUUGAAACCGUGCAUCAGUAUUGUCAAAUGUCAAAAAUUCCUUUCCCCUCAAAAAUGCUGCUCUAGCCACCGAGCUCCCCCAACAGAUUGUUUGCAACUUCACGUUAUUAAUAAUUAAACAUGUGGCCAAUAAGGAGCAUUGAACAGCCUUGUCAAGUAUGCAUACAUAUGUAAAAGCCAGUAAUAUUAAUAAUAAUAUUUCAAUUUAAUUUCUAUAUUAGCAAAGUCCUUGUUAGUUUUAAAUGGCUACAAUGAAGUUAUUUAAUUUUGCAAUGAAAAUCAGUUUUGCUAAAGCUGGUCAAGCAAUAAAUACUCUUGUUCAUUUUGCUUUCACUAAAAUUAUGACAUUAAUUUUAGUUUAUGUAUUAUGAUUCCUAAUAUAAAUACAGUAUUGAUGUACAAGUAUAAAGUCAUCUGAAUUGUUUACUUUUUAAAUGUUUGCUCAUAAAGACCCAGGAUACUGUGGGCUAAUUGUUCCUCACUAUUUUUGGCUGACCGUGUGAUUUCAGAGAAAAUCGGAAUCCGGUUUAUUAUCAUUGACAUUUGUUGUGAAAUUUGUUGCUUUGCAGCAGCAGUACAGUGCAAUACACAAAUUACUACAAUUUGCAAUAAGAAAUAUAAAAAAUAAAUAAAUAGUUGAGAAAGAGAGCAAAAUACUAAGGUAGUGUUCAUAGACCAUUCUGAUGGUGGAGGGGAAGAAACUGUUCCUAAAACAUUUGAGUGUGUCAAAAAAAGUGCUGUAUUUUGCUAUUUGACUUAAGAUAUGUACUUGUGUGUUAUAACUAUACAUUUUAUAUUUUAAAGUUGUGUAUAUUUUAUAUAGUAGUCAUGGAAAAUUGUAUAAUAAAGAGAUAUGA